UGGAUAUGCGAUUCGAUCUAAUUUAGGGUUUUAGUAUCAAUAUUAUCCCAAUUUCGUUCAUAUCACAACACUGUUUCUGGGUUCUAAAAAGAAAAGCUCUCAAUAUCUUAUUUUUCUCUGCCACAGAAACACUUAGAAAUAACCAGAGAGAGAGAGAGAGAGAAGAGAGAGAGAGAGAGAGAGAGAGAGAGAGAGAGAGAGAGAGAGAGAGAGAGAGAGAGCUAAAGGGGUUUCGAGUGAAGAUGAAGGAGAUGCAGGCAAUAGAGACGUCACAGCCGACGGUGGCUCCUCCGGCGAAGCACAGCCGACAGCUAGGAGCUCAGCUGUCGGGAAGCAUGAGUUUCAGCAGCCAAAUGUCGAUUGAAGACGAGGAGAUGUCGAGGACGGCUUUGUCUGCUAUCAGGGCGAAAGAAGAGGAGAUCGAGAAGAAUAAGAUGGAGAUUAGGGAAAGGGUUCAAGCUCAGCUUGGUCGUGUCGAAGAGGAGACUAAGCGUCUCGCUUUGAUCCGUGAGGAACUUGAAGGUUUAGCUGAACCCAUGAGGAAAGAAGUUGCUUUGGCCAGGAAGAAGAUUGAUUCUGUCAACAAAGAGUUAAAGAAUGAUUUAUCUAAGCUUGGAGUUCCCAGCAAUGUUCUGGAUUUGAUGUUUGAUUGGACCGGAGCUAACGAAGAUUACCUCAAGGUUCCAGAGGCUAAAGGGUCUAUUCAGGCUGUCCGUAACGAAGCUUUCUUCAUCCCUCUCUAUGAGCUUUUCCUUACUUACGGUGGUAUCUUCAGGUUGACCUUUGGUGCAAAGUCGUUCUUGAUCGUGACGGAUCCUUCUAUUGCUAAGCAUAUAUUAAAAGACAACGCCAAAGCUUACUCCAAGGGGAUUUUAGCUGAAAUUCUAGAUUUUGUGAUGGGGAAAGGACUCAUACCUGCUGAUGGGGAGAUCUGGCGUAGGAGAAGGCGUGCCAUCGUCCCUGCCUUGCAUAUGAAGUGUGUAGUAGCUAUGAUCAGUUUAUUUGGAGAAGCUUCAGAUAGGCUUUGCCAGAAGCUUGAUACAGCUGCAUCUACAGGGGAAGAAGUAGAGAUGGAAUCACUCUUCUCUCGCUUGACGCUUGAUAUUAUUGGCAAGGCGGUUUUUAAUUACGACUUUGACUCCUUAACCAAUGAUACCGGUGUGAUCGAGGCAGUUUACACUGUUCUAAGAGAAGCUGAAGAUAGAAGUGUUUCACCUAUUCCUGUUUGGGACAUGCCAAUCUGGAAAGAUAUUUCCCCACGUCAGAGGAAAGUUGCUACUUCUCUCAAGUUGAUCAAUGACACCCUCAAUGAUUUGAUCGCAACCUGCAAGAGAAUGAUAGAGGAAGAGGAGCUUCAGUUUCACGAGGAGUAUAUGAACGAAAGAGAUCCAAGCAUCCUUCACUUUCUCUUGGCUUCAGGAGACGAUGUAUCUAGCAAGCAGCUACGUGAUGACUUGAUGACAAUGCUUAUAGCUGGACAUGAAACAUCAGCUGCGGUUUUAACAUGGACUUUUUAUCUUCUUACAACGAAUCCCAAAGUAGUGGCCAAACUUCAAGAAGAGGUUGAUUCUGUUAUUGGAGAUAGAUUCCCAACCUUAAAAGAUAUCAAGAAGUUGAAAUACACAACCCGAGUCAGGAAAAAGGAACGAGAGUACAAAGAAGCUCUUGAAGCAUUCAACGAAAAGAACAGGGAGAAGGUGCACGAAUCAAUUUUUGUUUGCAUCUAUAAAUUAUCUCUUCUCCUAAAUUUCAAUGCUUUCUUUAGGAAACAGAUUUUAUUCGAUUAA